AAGAGAUCAACUAGCGCAAAAAAUAUGCUCCCAAAAUCUCCCGCAGUAGCCUGCGGCGGCGAUCGUCGCGACAGUCGCGACUUUUGCUGCGAUUUAUUUUUAUUCUCGCGGUACGACCGAAACUAUCCGCACGGCCGGUGCUGAUCUGCACGAAGCAUUAUAUCGCGGCUUUGAGCGCGUCCGAAAUAAGUGAAAAUUAUUGCUCAAUCAAGCUAUCACUAAUCACGUACCUAUAGGACCGGAAACAUGGGCAUCGAACAGUUAGGAUAUAGUGUGUUUUUUAUCGUGUUGACCAGCGCGAUUGCGGCGAUUGCCCGACGUUUGAACAACAAGUUGUCCAAAGAUGGCCUAGUGAAGGAGCUGAUCUUCGAGGCGAUCGCCGCGGCGGAACUGUGCGGGUGUUGUUUCGAGUUGAUUAUCGUGGCCGAUAAUUUCGGAGUAGCGACCUAUGCGGUAUUUUUGUUCACGCUCACCAUUUGGUGGGGAAUGCAGUGGGGUAACGCAACUGCCUGUCCGUACACCUACAUGGAGCAAAUUGUGCAAGGCGAAGUUAACUUCAAGGAAGCCGCCCUAAAGAUCUGGGCCCAGCUCAUGGGAGGAUGUUGCGUCUUUCGGUACGUGCAACUGUACUGGUGGCUUGAAAUGGCGGAAACUCAUGAGGGUAGAGCAUUCGAGGAAUGUUCAGCGGAUCUCAAGGUGAAUCUCUACGUGGGGGCUUUGAUCGAGGGCUUUGCAACUCUCUGCUGUCGACUAGCGUCGAAGGUCAUUUCCGAGAAGGAUGCUAAAUUUGGUGCCUUCAUUGACUCUUUCGUCGGUACCAGCUUGGUCGUUGCCGCCUUCAACUACUCCGGAGGAUACUUCAACCCGGUGCUAGCAACCGCACUGAAGUGGGGUUGUGCCGGUAAUUCCGCUUUGGAGCACAUUAUCGUCUACUGGAUCGGAUCAUGCACCGGGGCUGUUCUCUCGGUACCACUUUUCAAAACAUCAACCUUCCGCAAUUUGUUCUUGACAGAGAAGGUCAAAUCCGAGUAAACCGAAAAACAGUGUGACGCGUUUGGUUAUGCUACCCUUCUCCCAGUUUGUUCUAGUCACACUCAGCUGUCGAAUUGCAUCAACUUGCAAAUGACACCGUAUAUGUUACGAAUGUUGUUACUCCAGAUGUUAAGUUUUCACGUUACACAUUUUCGUCCGUAGAUUAUACUGAUCGGUAAGUAUGUUGGCUUUGCGAUUCCCAAAUCAA